CAUGCCACCAAACUGAACCUUGUGUUUUAUUCCUUUUGCCGUUGUCGCUCCUUGAUUUUGCCUUUGGCUCUGUGGCACCACCAAGUGCUUAGAAGGAGAAGGUUAUCUCCAAGUAUGAAUUGCUCCUCCACUUCUUCCUGAAAGCACCCUGCAGUAGCUGCAUGGUUAUUCUGCUCCUCUAUCUUUCCUCUGCAUCAUGUUUACCUAGCAACAAGCAUCACUCGCAGCUGGCCAUUCUAUUGGUCAUUUGAAAACGCACUGGGGACCAAUGGCAGGGCUGUUGCCAUGGUGUAGUGUGGAGUUGCCGGGUGGAAUUUUGCUGCAAGGCGCUGGAGUCUCAGAGUCCGCUCUCUUCGUCAAACUGCCGGUGUAAUCUCUAUUGUCUGACCGUUCAUACAGCUGAAUGUGAUUUAGUGGAAGCCAAUCAGUAUUUUUGUGAAAAGAAGUAAAUGGAAUACAAAAGAUUGCUUUAUUCACCAUAAGAGGAUGUUUCUCAAGACAGGAAAUAACAUCAGCUGAGCAGAAAACCACAAAACGAUCCACAUAGUUCCAUGUUUUCUUGAAUUUUUCAUCAAAUAAAGCCAAAUAUGUUGCUGUAUUUUUUUUAUUUAACACAGUUUAACAAAUCAAGUUAAUUUUGUACUUUAAUAAGGAAACAACUACUUUGUUUUGUAACAAACAGAAAAUAACAAUCAAGCACUGCUAUAAAAUGAACAAUGCAGAGGUGAAACGUAUUCAUGAGAAAAUAGAUGAAGCUCCUGGUGAGUUACACAGAAAAGCAUCUGUAAUGAGAAGUGUUUCAUUUCCAGCAACAUUAUGCAAUAUAGGGAACUGCUAACGAAAGAUCUAACUUGAUUAUUUUUUAUUUUAUACACAAGCUGUCCAGCCUUUAAUCUGUGAACAUUUUCUAAUUCAAGUCUUUGGGUCAGGAAAACGUUUGGCUUUGUAGCAAUUUUCUUUCCUUUUUUGUGUUUUUAAGAAGCUUGUAGAGGGUUAACUGUCAUUACCCUAACCAUUCACUCCUUUUCUUGUUUAAAUUCAGUCUAAUUAAAAGACAUACAUGUACUGUAGAACAGGGUUGGUCACGCAUUUUCAGCUGGUGAGCUAUGUUCACAAUAGCCGUUCAGAGCCAUCUGAUUGUCUGUUUGUGGGUGUGUGUAGUUGGGGGUGAGGUGGGGGUGUGAUCACCUUGGUUACCAGCUUGUAAUGACUAUGCACUUUUGGUCAUUUUGUCAGCAUUUUUUUAGUCUUGUGCGCAUGGGAAAUAUUUAUGUACAUAGGGCUGGGCGAUAUCCCGAUAUUUUUAAAAUAUCAAUAUAAUUUCAAACGAGAACAAAGAUGACUGUUGCAUUUAUAUCUAUAUAAAUAUGCAACCAAAAUAUUUCUAUAUUUCUCUAUUUGCAUAUUUCUAAAGUUAGCAUACGCAGCUAACCACUAGCUUGCCCUAGCUGGCCGUAUUGCCCACACAAGCAUGGCAUUUGAAGGGUUAACAUGGUGCUUCUCGUACACUCACACCUUGACUGUGGUCUUCGUCACCACAUGAAAAAACAACACCAACGGAUUUUUGGUUUGUGUUUUUUGAACUACAAUCUUUCUCUUUUAUAUUCACCAACAGAGAAGUGACAUGUGCUAAUUGUCUUUUACUACCCAAAAAACUAAGGAAAACUGUAGUUGUUAUAUUGUAUCAAGGUCUUCCGACCAUGCAUCAUUAUGAUUGCACUGCCAUACGCUGACUUGACUUUGUUCUCUGUGUUUAGCCUAGGUUACAGAUCAUUUAAAUAAAAUAAAGGCGCCUUGCCUUUAAUCAAGAUGUGUCCUGGAUCUGCUGGUUUGAUGUAAAUAAAUACAUUAUUUUUAUGAGAAAUCAUCCAAUAAAGUUUGAAUUUACUUAUUUUUUCUUCUCUUACAUUCUGCUCUACAGUGAUGGAGUGAUUUAUAGAUACAAUGACUGCAGUGACCAUAACACCUAUAGUGUAUAAUGUUUCUGUAGCCCUGCUCUUUAGUCGAUGUAUGAUAUAUAUAUUUUUUAUAAAAGUAAACCGUUUUCAAACUUUUACCAAAAGCACACAUCAAUUGUUUUGAUGAUCUUAUUGCAAAAUCUGAACCAGCUGGGCUAUAAUUGUUGGUUAUGAAGCAUCUGGUCCGAUCAUAUAGAUUGUUGUUCUGCCUUGUUAUAAUAUAACCUGUUUAUUUACCUAUAUAUUUAUAUUUAUUUAUAUAACCUGUUUUUCUGAUUGCGAACUUUUAAAUGCAAAGCCAUGACUAAACUACAUGUAUUAAAUAGCAAUCAUUUAUAAUGUUCAUUAGCCUCCAUGGCUUUAAUAGGCCUUGAAUUUGAUAAAUACAGUUAGUCUUUUCUAGUUGACAUUAUAUGUUAAUCACUAAUUGGUUAAAGAUGAACAGCGGAUGCACGAUCAGAUGUAUUAGUGGGAGCAGGCUUUUGAUGGGGAGUUUUCCUUUAAGGAGCUGUCAGCUGGUUUAUGACACUGCUGAGCUGUUCCCAGGCAGCAUUGUGCCUGAUUUAGAUAGAAUGCUCGGGUAGCAACAGUAACAACUAGCUUCGGCUGGUUUGUGAGGACAAGUCAAAGAUCUCAGCUGUAGGGAGUCACUCAGGACCAUGUGCUUGAGGAGGCCUGCUGCCCCUGCCCCCCGCUCGUGCUGAAUUUCUACCCCCACCCUCUCUGUCUCCAUGUCCCUCUUUCCAUUUCUACCUGACAUCUUCAAACAAUUUCCGCGUCACUCCCAACUUGCUCUUUUUGACAGUGAGACAGAGUUGAGCGCCCCUCCCACAUGCCGGGUCAUCGCCCAAUCACAGUCAGGGACAGGACUUUCUUCAGCCAAUGGGAUCGCAGUUGCCUUGGCGUCGGGUAGCAACAGGGCCAUGGGAGGGAGCGUGGUGAUUGAAGGUAGAGGCUGCGUCUCACAGAACAUACCAGGCUGAACAGAGAGAAACUUUUGUGUCCAUUAAUUACAGUUAUGAUUUAACUGUGGUCAUUUUGAGUUAAAUGUUAAAAAACAGAGGUGUUUUUUGAGAUCCAGCAACUUGAUUAAAGGCAAAGAAAAUCAUUUUGUUUGAUUCUUGUCGGAAAGCUGAGAUUUAUUAGAUCUCCCGCAGAAAGUUGCGAGCUGUUCUGAUCUGACUGUUUGAAGAGUGUGGUUAUAUUGUCCAUGUAUGCCUGUAUAAUAAGUUCUAGUAUAUAUAUCCUGCUGUUACUAUAAAUGGACAAGACUGGAGAGGGUUGCUCGGAGAGUCUACUCUGGCCGGAGGGACUCCCGUCCUCCUGCUCAGUAUGUCGUUGCGUUUAAUGAGUGCAGUUCAGUCUUCUGGUUGUAACCCGUCUGACAUUUCUGGUCAAAUUAAUUCUGCGUUUAUUGUGAUUUUGUUUUCAUCACAUAAGUCUGUCCCUGUCGUUGCUAUGUGAACGCUAGGUGUUUCUGCUUCACAGUCCAGCUCCGACCACCCCCGCCGCUGGCAGUGGUACGGUCCGGUCUGAGGGCGGGAGCGGGGGGGGGGGGGGGACCGAGCUCCGGAGAAGCACAGAUUCCGUCUACGGAGGAGCAGGGAAUGGGAAACGGGCGAGAAAAAUGACUCAAAACCGCCCUUGUGAGAGUUUCCACCUCGAAGGGAUAAAAUGAUCGCCUCAAAUUGAGAGUCGAGGACGGGAGCACAAAGUCUUGUGAGAAAGCCGGCGGAAGCGCACCGAGGAGAAGGCCCCUCAGGAGGCGGCGGACAGAAAGCUCAGGAACUCCGGAUUUGGCUUCGUUUGUUUACUUUGAUGCAUCUUUCAGACUUGUUUGUGAAUGUACUAGCGUGUGAUUACCUCAAAGUCUGACUCUGUGGUGGAUUGUGAUAUGUUCUGGUGAACGGAAGGCGGUACCGGUUUGCUUUGGUCGGUGUCUUUUUUCUCCUGUGUGCGUUUCUUCGGAACGAGGAAGCCUUUGGAUUUGGAUCUAAACCUUUCUGGCAUCUGUCCUGAUGAUCGGAGUAUCCUGAGUGUCACAGAGUUCAGUUCGUGACUGUGGAGCGCAGUCUGGAACUUACUGACGCGUUUCUGCGGCUGCAACAAGUAGCCCCGGAUUGGUUUGUUUACAUCUGUUUUCUCGCCCGCUGGACACGCAGACCGCUGUGGAGACAACAGAUUAUUGUCUGGGACCUGGCGCAGACCGAUCCCCUGUUUAAGUCUGUGUUACCAGAUCCACUCGGACACCCAGAAUCUUGUCGGAUCAAGCUCGGUGAAGCUGUUUGUGUCACCGGAUUCACAACUCCGCAUUGCCCCCACCACCCCCACCCCAGCCCUCUCACUCUCCAGCGGACAAGUCCCACCCGAAAGACAGCUAUUUGACAUAUUUUUAGUUUAAGGGAUGGGGUAAAAGGAGACGAGAGGAAAUUUGCCCACCUUUUACCUUUUUUUUUCUCCUCCUAUCCUCAUUGCCCCCCACCACCACCUCACAGGGCAGGCAAGGGUGGCAGAGACCUGACUAAACAGGUUCAUGUGCCAGACUAGAGGUGUAGCCGAGUGUGAGAAGUUUAAAAACACAAUAGGUUACAUAUUCAGAUUUAUGUGGAACUCAAUGACCAUGUAGCCUGAUCCACUGUGUAGGACUGAACUGGACCCACAAGGCCUGCUCUAGAUAAAAAGAUGGGUACAAAUUUAGCCAUGCAUUUUUGUUUAUACCUGCCAUGGACUAGGUGAACAUAUCAAAAAUAACUGGAGUUUAUGCUUUGAUCACAUUUGUUUCAACUCCUAAUCACACAAGAAUUGAAGAUAAUUCUUUUCACUGCCUGAAAGAAAAGUCACCAGCGGUCUGAAGCCUGCAGCCCACAAGCAGGAUGCAUGAAACUGCCAAAUCCUUCGCAACAAAAGGCUAACCCUUAAAAGCCAAAUAUCUCUUUCCUUCCUGUCCCCUUAUCCACACAAAACAGGAAAAAAAAAUAUAUAUAUAUAUAUAUAUAUAUAUAUAUAUAUGUUGUGAGAAAUCUAUAUAUAGAGAGUAGCUCCACAUGAGACAGAUUUCAUCCUUUAUAUUUUUACUUCAGAAAGACAAGCUGCCUGUAAACCUGUUGGUUGCCUUAGAAGUAUGUCAAACAGAGUGAAAAACUAGCAAAUGAAGAAGGUGCCUUCUGAUUGGUCGGUCAGUUUCCCACCAUUUUAAGCUUCAUGUAUUUAGUUGGAUGUAUUGUGUUGAAGUGAACUUUGAAAGUGAAAAAACCCUUUAGUUGCCUGACUACCGCAACCUAUCAGUGCUCAGUGUUUCCCAGCUGGACUGAACUUAUACCCAAAUUUUUCAUGGUUGUCACGUCGUCAUCUGUGGAGGACAAGACUGUACCUUCCUGCAGGAUGGUCCAAUCAGAUCCGUGGAUAUCUUCAGCUCUGCUUCGUAAGAACAAGAGCGUCAGCAGCUCAGGAUGUCCGCCCACCUCCUCCUCCUCCUCCUCCUCCACCUCCUCCUCCUCCUCCUCCUCCACUGCCCAGGGCUUCUCCCUCGCUGAGCCAGCCAUGACAAGCCAGCACACACACACACACCCCUCCUUCAGCUCCAUCCACUCCAUGGCUGAGCAGCAGCAGGUGCUGUCUGAUAUGACGAUACUCCAGCGGAGGAUCCCCCCCAGUUUCAGAGACCCUGGCAGCGCUCCGUUGAGGAAACUUUCUGUUGACCUCAUCAAAACUUACAAGCACAUCAAUGAGGUGUACUAUACCAAGAAAAAGAGGCGAGCCCAGCAGGUCCCUCCUGAGGACAGCAGCACGAAGAAGGAGAAAAAAGUUUACAAUGAUGGCUAUGAUGACGACAACUACGAUUACAUUGUAAAAAAUGGAGAAAAGUGGCUGGACCGCUAUGAGAUAGACUCACUGAUAGGGAAGGGCUCCUUUGGACAGGUGGUGAAGGCCUACGACCACCACGAGCAGGAGUGGGUCGCCAUCAAAAUCAUUAAGAAUAAAAAGGCAUUUCUGAACCAGGCACAGAUUGAACUGCGUCUGCUGGAGCUGAUGAACAAGCAUGACACUGAGAUGAAAUAUUACAUAGUCCACUUGAAGCGUCACUUUAUGUUUAGGAACCAUCUGUGUUUGGUGUUUGAGCUGCUUAGCUACAACCUAUACGAUCUGCUAAGGAACACCAACUUCAGAGGAGUUUCCCUCAACCUCACAAGGAAAUUUGCACAGCAGCUCUGUACAGCAUUAUUAUUCCUGGCCACUCCGGAACUGUCAAUCAUCCACUGCGACCUGAAACCAGAGAACAUCCUGCUGUGUAACCCUAAAAGAUCUGCCAUCAAAAUUGUGGACUUUGGAUCUUCUUGCCAGCUAGGACAGAGGAUCUAUCAGUACAUCCAGAGCAGAUUCUACCGCUCUCCAGAAGUUCUCCUGGGAAUGCCGUAUGACCUGGCUAUCGACAUGUGGUCUCUGGGAUGCAUCCUGGUGGAGAUGCACACGGGGGAGCCUCUCUUCAGUGGCUCCAAUGAGGUUGACCAGAUGAAUAAGAUUGUGGAGGUUCUGGGGGUUCCACCCAGCCACAUGCUAGAUGCAGCUCCUAAAGCUAGAAAAUACUUUGAUAAGCUAUCAGAUGGCUUGUGGACCGUGAAGAAGAAUAAGGAUGUGAAGAAGGAGUAUAAGCCCCCAGCCACACGGCGUCUUCAUGAGAUUUUGGGCGUGGAGACAGGGGGCCCAGGGGGCAGGAGGGCUGGAGAGCCAGGACACGCCCCCUGUGACUACUUGAAGUUUAAAGACCUGAUCCUUCGCAUGUUGGACUAUGACCCUAAAAGCCGAAUCACACCAUUCUACGCCCUGCAGCACAAUUUCUUCAAGAAAACAACAGAUGAAGGAACAAACACCAGUUCAUCUACAUCCACUUCUCCUGCCAUGGACCACUCGCAUUCAACCUCCACAACUAGCUCCGUUUCUAGCUCUGGUGGCUCCAGUGGUUCUUCCAACGAUAACCGCAACUACCGUUACAGCAACCGCUACUACAACUCUGCUGUAACCCAUUCAGACUACGAGAUGACAAGUCCUCAGGCUCCCUCCCAGCAGCAGAUGAGGAUGUGGCCAGGCAGUGAUGGUGGAGGUGGGGGUCAGGACCCAGCAUACACCCAGUUGCUGCUCCACAAACCAGCUGCCACCCAGCAACACCAGCGCCACUUUUUGGACCCACCUCAUCACCCCCACCCGACCUACUCUCUUCAUGGGAAUGGUGGGCGUGGACUGAGGCAGGGCGGACAGACAGGCAUGGGUGGAGGCGGGGGUCAGCAGGGGUCCUCACCCCAAAUGAGUGACAGCAUGGAUGUGGGUGUAUCCCUCGGGCUGCACCACCUGGGGGCAGUGUCUUCCAUGGAGGCCUCUCAGUUUGGCUCUGCAUCUCUGCCCCUCGCUCUGCCAAUCGGACUGUCUGCCUUCCGGACUCGGACGGCCCCCACCGCCCCAGGGCCACAAGCCCCACCCCCCGAGGACUACUAUCCUGCCUCCAACAACAAUAAUCCCGCUCCCGGGGGCAGAGGGAGGCCAGAUUCAGACGAAGGGCCGGCCAACUCUUGAUAAAACCUGAACCACGCCCUAAAGCCAUACAGUUUUAACUACAACUACUACGAUUACUCACAGCCAGAGUUCAGAGACAUGCCGGUGGAUUUAGUGCUGGGGGAGAUGGUUUCUCCUGCAUGAGAGAAGGAAGGAGGAGGAGGAGGAGGCUGGAAACAUGUUCCUUUUAUCCUGUUUUAGUUUGAUGUCAUUGUUGCGACUGUAAUUGGAAAAGAAUGAAUAACAAGUGUGUUUUUAUUGAUAUUGUUGAAUAAUAUUAUUUGAAUUUUCUUGGGUUUGAAGAGUUGGGUGUUCUUUUGUUGUUUGUGUGGAGAGGAGGAAGAGGACGAAGAGGUAGCAGUGAGGGCCGUGAUGACUCCAUACUCUGACUGUAAUGCAUCGCCUCAGAAAUCUACACACACGCAUGCACACACGUGCACAUGCACACACAAGGUGUGUGCAUGUGCAUGUGUGUGUUGCAUCAGGACAGAAGCUUGUGUGUUUGCUGACCAUGUGUGGCUCUUUGUGGAUGAAGAAGGUGACAGGACACUUAUGCUGGCUCUCCUCCUGAUCCUCACCCCACCCCCUGUACUCCUCUUCUUGUUCUCCUUCUUCUCCUGUAGUGUUCCUCCUCCAGACAGCUCCUCCUCUCUGUGCUGCUAAUCACCAUGACAACUGGUCCGGAUUGCUGCUAAAAAAUCCAACACAGAUCAAUAAAAAAAAUAAAACAAAUAGAAACAAAUGAAAAACUUUUUAAUCCUUGUGCUUAAGAAAAGGAUAAAGUAAGAACCACUGCAUCUCAAUGUAUUUAUUACUAUUUAACAAGAAAAACAAACUGAAAAUAACGUUUUUUUCUGCUCUUCUUUGUUUGGUUGCCUUCUUUCUGCAGGUGAGCUCUGAUUGGCUGUUGUAACAGAGACAGUAACUGGUGACAUGGGAAUGCCGCUGGUUGUGGGGGUCGGGUCGAGGGGAAGGGUUGGGGCAAAAAUAAUGUUGGAUAUAUAAUAAGAAUAAAGAGUAUACUUUUGCACACCAAAGUCAAACAACA